AUGGAGUCUUUGAAGAACAGAACCUUGCUUAAGGUCAUUGUCCUCGGAGAUAGCGGGGUAGGCAAAACUUCGUUGAUGAACCAGUAUCCUCUAUACGUGUACAAGAAGUUUAACCGGCAAUAUAAGGCCACGAUAGGAGCAGAUUUUGUCACCAAGGAGCUUCAUAUUGAAGAAAAAUCUGUCACCUUACAAAUAUGGGAUACGGCCGGACAAGAGAGAUUUCAUAGUCUAGGAGCUGCGUUCUAUAGAGGUGCUGAUUGUUGCGUUCUUGUCUAUGAUGUGAAUGAUCUCAAAUCUUUUGAAACGCUCAACAGUUGGCACUCGGAGUUCCUCAAACAGGCAAAUCCUGUGGAACCUGAGAGUUUUCCUUUUGUUUUGAUUGGUAACAAAACCGAUGUAGAUGGCGGAAACACCCGAGUUGUUGCAGAAAAGAGAGCCAUUGAAUGGUGUGGUGCAAAGGGAAACAUACCGUACUAUGAAACCUCUGCAAAGGAUAAUGUUAAUGUGGAUGAAGCUUUUGGGGGUGUUGCACACAAAACUCUUUCCUGUGAAAUUAAACAAAACAUAUACAUCCCAGUUAUUUCUGAAUCUUUUGCAGGCAUUCAUGACGAGGAGAAGUCAAAGCGUUGUUCUUGCUGA